CGAGUUGCAUUAUCGCCUUCAGCUGUUCAAACAUUAACAAAACGUGGAAUCAAAGUUAAGGUCGAAAAGGGAGCCGGAGCUGCAGCAUCGUUUAACGAUGAACUGUACGCCAAAGCUGGUGCUACAAUUGUGGAUCGCGACCAUGCCCUUGCUUCUGAUAUCAUUUUAAAGGUACGGGCUCCUUCUAUGAAGGAAGUGGAGAGUUUCCAUGAUAAAAGUACACUUAUUUCAAUGAUAUAUCCGGCGCAAAACAAAGAUCUAAUAGUAGCUCUUGAGAAGAAGAAUAUGACUGUUUUUGCAAUGGACUGUAUUCCUCGGAUAUCUCGUGCACAGGCUUUUGACGUACUCAGCUCAAUGGCUAACAUUGCUGGUUACAAGGCUGUUAUUGAAGCAGCCAAUCAUUUUGGAAGAUUCUUUACCGGUCAGAUUACAGCUGCUGGCCGAGUACCACCAGCAAAAGUAUUGGUUAUUGGAGGUGGUGUAGCGGGUUUAAGCUCUAUAGGAACCGCGAAAAGUAUGGGAGCUAUUGUUCGAGGCUUUGAUACUAGAGCAGCGGUAAAGGAGCAAGUACAGUCUUUGGGAGGUGAAUUUCUUGAAAUUAAAAUGGAAGAAUCUGGUGAAGGAGCAGGCGGAUACGCAAAAGAAAUGAGCAAAGAAUACAUUGCUAAAGAAAUGGAACUAUUUGCAAAUCAGUGUAAAGAGGUUGAUAUUGUGAUCUCAACAGCUUUAAUUCCAGGCAAAAAAGCUCCACUGCUAAUUACUAAAGAAAUGGUGGCAUCAAUGAAACCUGGCAGUGUCGUUGUGGAUUUGGCAGCAGAAGCUGGUGGAAACAUUGAAACAACAAGACCUGGACAGCUGUACACAGACUUAAACGGCGUUGUUCACAUUGGUUAUACCGACCUACCAAGUCGAUUACCGACACAAAGCAGUACUCUAUACGCCAACAAUAUCACCAAAUUCUUGCUUAGCAUUGGCAGUAAAGAUGGAUAUAAUAUCAACUUGGACGACGAGGUUGUUAGAGGUUCUAUUAUUCUUGGUAAGGGUAAAAUGAUGUGGCCUCCACCACCCUCUCCUCCACCUUCGCCCACUGAGGGAGUUAAAACAGCGACAGCUCCAGCGAAAGCGGAAACUGCAGUAGUUCCUUUAUCACCGUUCCAGAAAACGCUUAGAAGUGUUAUUUUUGGUUAUCAUACUGUAUGGGGAGUAACUCCGGCUCUUCACUCACCGCUCAUGUCGGUUACAAAUGCCAUUUCUGGAAUUACUGCUGCCGCUGCCCUUUGUGUUAUGGGUGGAGGCCUAUAUCCAACCAAUGCAGCUGAAGGACUUGCAGCUUCUGCCGCAUUUCUUUCCUCCAUCAAUAUUGGAGGUGGCUUCUUGAUCACGAAACGAAUGCUUGAUAUGUUUAGGCGACCAACGGAUCCUUUGGAGUACAAUUAUCUCUAUGCGAUUCCCGCAGCUGCAUUUCUGGGCGCUUAUGGAUAUGGGUUUCAUAAUGGUUUUCCAGAGAUUCACUCCCUAACGUAUCUUGGUUCUUCACUUUGCUGCGUUGGGGCUCUGGCAGGCCUUUCUUCGCAACAUUCAUCCAGGCUCGGAAACUCUUUAGGUAUGAUCGGUGUUGCUGGAGGUAUGGCCGCAACGCUUGGUCGUUUAACUCCCGAUCCGAGCACUCUGGCACAGAUGGGAGCGUGCGUUACUAGUGGUAUGCUCAUUGGGCUUGCGAUUGCCAGCAGAAUUAGGGUUAGCGACUUACCACAACUAGUAGCUCUGUUCCACAGCUUUGUGGGCGUUGCAGCUACUACAACGUGUAUUGCAAACUUUUUGGUUGAGCAUCCACACUUUUUGGCUGAUCCAUCCGGAACUGCAGCUGUAAAGUGCGCUUUAUUCUUGGGAGCCUAUAUCGGUGGUGUUACAUUUACAGGGAGUUUAAUGGCAUAUGGAAAACUGCAAGGUAUUCUAAAGAGCAACGCUGUUUUCAUGCCAGGCCGUCAUUGGAUCAACAGUGGACUAGGCUUAGGAAAUCUUGCUGCUUUAGCUGUUUAUAUGGGUACAAAUGACCACUACACAGACCUUACAAUGUUAGGAACUACCUCACUGUUGAGUAGUGUUAUGGGUGUCACGCUCACCAUGGCUAUAGGAGGAGCUGAUAUGCCAGUAGUUAUCACAGUGCUUAACAGUUACAGUGGUUGGGCACUUUGUGCAGAAGGUUUUAUGCUUAAUAAUGAUUUAUUGACAAUUGUUGGUGCUUUAAUCGGAAGUUCCGGUGCAAUCCUUUCGUACAUCAUGUGCAGGGCAAUGAAUCGCUCUCUAACGAAUGUAAUCAUGGGAGGAAUGGGAACGAAAACUCAAGGUAAGGGGAAGGCAAAAGCAAUCGAAGGUACAGCAACGGAAGCUACUUCUCAACAGACAAUUGAUCUCCUCGCCGAAGCAAAAAAUGUGAUUGUUGUUCCUGGAUAUGGACUUUGCGCAGCGCAAGCACAGUACCCAAUUGCUGAAAUGGUCAAAUUGCUACGAGAAAAGGGCAAAAAUGUCCGCUUCGGAGUUCACCCAGUUGCUGGACGCAUGCCCGGUCAGUUGAACGUCUUGCUGGCUGAAGCUGGUGUUCCAUACGAUAUUGUAGAAGAAAUGGAUGAGAUUAACGAUGAUUUCCCUGAUACAGAUGUUGUUUUGGUAAUAGGUGCAAACGACACUGUAAAUUCGGCUGCCGAAGAUGAUCCAAACUCGUCAAUCGCAGGAAUGCCAGUUUUGCGGGUGUGGAAAGCAAAGCAGGUUGUAAUUAUGAAGAGGACGUUAGGCGUUGGCUACGCUGCUGUUGAUAACCCAGUGUUCUUUAAUGAGAAUACAUGGAUGUUACUUGGUGACGCAAAGAAGAAGUGUGAAGAGCUUUUAGCCGGUAUAAAAACACUGCCCUGA